UUCUAUAAAAUUCAUCAUCACAUCAUGCUUAAAUCAGAUAAUUUAUCAUAUAAUUCCCAAGUUAGAAUCAAAAGCAAAAGGUACUCUGGUAAAGCUGAAAAGAGUACUUCGAGUGACUUUUUUUACUCCUUCGAGAACAAGUUAAGAGCAUUUUAGUUCAGAGUAGGGAAUCAACUUCAAAUUCAGAUCCAGACUAGUAUUAGGACACCGUCCUCUGCUGGUAUAUUUCUUUUCAGUUCGUGUUUGGAGAUUAUCAAUGCGGGUUUGCUGUUUCUACUACUAAUUCAGAGUACUGAAAUCGAAGUGCAAGUCUGUUUCAGUAACAGUACAGGACAUAAUUCUCAGAACCUUGGUUGUAGUGUAUUAAAUAUCAGCUUACUUAUCAGGAAUCUUGAAGUGAAUUUAAUUCUUAGAUGAAUAGUGGGAAAUUGAAACCUGUGCAUAGUAUUGCACGAUAUACUAUAUUUCCCUUUCAUUAUAGCUGUAGCGUAUGACUAGUUUGCACUGCUUCUGCUGGGAUUUGCCUGAACAUAAGCUGCUGCAGGAGAAUUUCUAAUGCCAACUUGGGGGGUGAUAUAUCUUUUUGAAGCAGGAUCGUAUCUAGUCAAUCUUUUGGUAUUGAUCGGACAAACAGCUUUGGGGCAAUAAAGAAGACAGAUGGCAAGCGAUUUAGUUGAGGGAGCAACGAGUGAUGUGUUAUAUGGUCCAGACUGGGGACUCAAUAUUGAGCUCUGCGACAUUGUUAAUGAUGAUCCCAGACAAGCAAAGGAUGUUCUGAAAGCUGUUAAGAAACGCCUUGGGAACAAGAACCCAAAGGUCCAGAUACUUGCGCUUGUGUUGAUAGAGACAUUGAUAAAAAAUUCUGGGGAUAACAUCCAUUUGCAAGUAGUCGAGCGAGGAAUUCUAAAUGAAAUGGUGAAGAUAGUGAAGAAAAAGCCGGAUAAGGAGACACAAGAAAAAAUAUUGGUCCUUCUAAAUGAAUGGAAAGAAUCUUUUGGGGGACCACGAGGAAAAUUUCCACAAUAUUACGAUGCAUACCAUGAAUUAGUUCGUGCAGGAGUCAAAUUUCCACAAAAUCUGGAUAGUUCUUCUGUGGUAUUGGAAAAUCAGGACACACUGCCAAACCCUCUGAAUCCUCAAUCUUCCACUUCUCCAGAUUAUGGCACCAAAUUUACUGAGGCAUCAACAGAAUCUAAUCUUCCAGGAUUGAAUUUGACGGAUAUUGAAAAAGCUAGAAGUACUAUGGAGGUAUUAAUGGAGAUGCUGAAUGCUCUAGAUCCAUGCAAGAAAGAGGGAGUAAAAGAUGAAAUAAUAAUGGACCUCGUUGAACAGUGCUCCUUUAACCAGCAGCGGACAAUGCAACUAGUCAUCACAACUUCAGAUGAACAACUACUUUUUCAGGGCCUUGCAUUGAAUGAUGAGUUGCAACAUGUUCUUGCAAAACAUGAUGCAAUUGCUUCUGGAUCCUACAAUCCCUCAGAAAACAUACCUAUUUCUUCAUUGCCUUUGGUAAACAUUGACCGGGAAGAAGAAGCAGCAGAAGACCAUGAGGGACAGCUAUUCCGUAGGUCUUCAAGAGUUCACACACAAUCUGAAGGGGAAAUCAGCGUAAGGACGAGAAACCAACCUACUACUCAACCUUCUCCACCUGCAGGCCUGGAGGUCAAUACUCCACUCAAUGAGGCUGUGCGAAAUCUAGAUAUUCGGAGUGUUGAUGCAUAUGAGUCACCACCGUUGGAAACUUUACGAGAAGUUAACCCAGGAAAAUAUAUACAGCCCCCAUCAGUCUUUCAGAUGGCUACUCCAAAUAAAAAAUUGAUGUCCCAGGGGAUCACAACAAGAGAGCACCAUUCGCCCCAGUUGCAAGAUGCAACUCAAACACACUCAAAUGGAAGAACAACUAGUUCAGUCAUCCCAACAACUCAGUCUAAUGGAAACCAGAAGAAAAUGCAUAAUCAUGGGAAAGCCGUGCAUUCAGUUCAGGGAGAUGAGAGAAAAAUGACUAUUCCAGAAAUACAGCAGAUAGAACCGAUAUGCAAUAACUUGCAGGUGAAGAAUAACAAAAUUACCAGCAACCUUCGAUCUCCACAGGUUGAAAAUAAUCAUAAAGGUCCUCAGAUACAUGACAAAAUUGCAAUGCCUGCUAUCCCUCCACCUCCAUCAAAAUAUACUGAAAGGCAGAAGUUUUUUCAGCAGCAAAAAGCUUUGGCUUCUGGCCAGUUUGAUCAGGCUAAUUCUGCAGCUGCAAAUAAUAACUUGACAGGAAAAUUACAUGACCUUUAGCUAGGUAAUGGAAGUUGCAACACCCCAUCCAGUUCUUUGUAUUCACAGGAAUCUUCAGCUUACACCAAGAAUAAAGAGGUGAUAUUGGAUGACUUGAUGAAAGCAAGUUAUUAAAAUAUAGCCCGUAAAACAGGCAAUUUGUAGAUAUUGAGUUUCUUCUUUGGUUUUGAUGGAUAACUAUAUACAUACCAUGUAAAUUGAUAUGAUCAUAUUUUAAUUUCUCGUCUUCUUAUUGAA